AAGGAAGGAAGGAAGGAAGGAAGGAAGAAAAAUCCACAGAGAGUUAAAGAGAAAAGAAGCCAGCAGUUUUCAGUCACAGAAUAAGCAAGAGACUGUUAAGUCUACAGAAGCCAUCAGCAAGCAUUCAGUAUAGAAAGCGAGAAGGCCAGAGACCACCAGUCUUUAAAGCUACAUCCAAUGCUUUGACCCAAUUCAAACCACACCAGGCUGGGCUGGUUCAUGUCAUUAGAGGUAAUAUCUAACAUUGAUAUUGAGCAACAUUGUUCAAUAUCAAUGAUGUUGGGAAGAUAUAACUUGUUUUCUGAUUUUACAAGAUGUGCUCAAUUGAUUGUCUUGAGUGUCAGAAUAAACUUUGGACAUUUGAACAGUGUACAGGCUAUUAGCAUCAUUAAAAUUUGACUCAAUGCAUUUUCUUAAUAGGAUGACCAUGAGCCUCUAGUGACCAGGUCUGAAUGUAGUUGAUUAAAUCAAAGACAUCCUACAUAGGAUGAUACCUUUGAACUCUUGUCUCUCCUUUGUGGCUUUCUUUGAGGAGCUUGUGGAAGUUUUUGUAGGAGGAACCUUUCAGAUUCCUUAUUGAGAAUGGGAUUUGAGUGUCUAUAGACUCAACCCAUGGCCUGAGUUUUGUGUGUGUAUGUGUGUGUGUUUAUUGUGUUGUGGUUGAAUCUCCUCAGUCAGCUUCCUUCUCAUGCUGCCACAGCCUUUACCAUUAUAGACUUUGUCCCUAAAUCACAAGAGAUACAAUAAAAGCAAUUGCUAUUCAAUGCUAAGCUAAUUUGCUAUUCUAGUGUUUUUUAUAUUUUUAAUUUUGUUUUGUUUUUGUUUUGAAGACAAUGUUUCUCUGUGUAGCCCUGGCUGUCCUCAAAGUAGAUAUGUAGACCAGGCAGGUCUUGAAGUUAGAAAUUCACCUGUUUUGGCUCCCAAGUGCUGGGAUUAGAUGUGGGACAACAUCCCUGGCUUUGUUGUUGUUGUUGUUUUUAUAUUAUUAGAUGGAAUGUAAGUUUUUGUACAUGUCAAACAUAUGCUCUUUUGCUGAUCUUCAUUCACAUCUGGAAUUUUGAAAUUUGACAGAGUCUAUUUCUCAGGAUGGCUUUGUCAAAUUUCAAAAUUCCAGAUUCAUGACAUUAAUACUACCUGAGCCUUCUGAAUCAUUGUAGUUCACAUAUGUGAUAUGUUUCCUACAUGUUGUGUUUGUUUUGAAAAUUUUUUAAUGAAUAUGAGUAUUUUGCCUGUAUUCAUGUAGUCCUCAGGACACAUAUUCCUCAGGGCUCUGCCUCUCUGAGGCACUUCCAUCAUGGUUGUGCUAACUGGUGCACCACACUCCAUGAAUUCUAAAGCUAUUUGCUGUUACUCUUCCAUGGGCCUUGACAAAAGAUGGCCUCAGAACUCCCAAACUUGGAAUAGUGGAUAGUUGUGAGCCCCUAUAAGACCAGCAAGUGCUGUUAACUCCUGAUUCAUUUACAUUGCUAAUAUUUUUAUUGGUUUAUUUGGUACUAUUUAAACAUGCAUUCCCUUUUAGUUAAAUCUUUAUGUAACUAUUUAAAAUGGGACACUUCAGAUUUCUGGAAGAUGAAUGCAGAAACACAAAGGAUGUAUGAACUUAAUGCAAUGACCUAUGCUGAUGUGCAUGUGAAUUUCACUUGGGAAGAGUGGGCUUUGCUGAAUCCUUCCCAGAAGAGUCUCUACAAAGAGGUGAUGCUGGAGACCUAUGAGAACCUCACUGCUAUAGGCUACAAUUGGGAAGACCAUUAUAUUGAAGAACAAUUUCAAAGUUCUAGAAGAGAUGGAAGGCAUAAAAGAGGUCAUACUGGAGAGAAACCCUAUGAAUGUAAUCAUUGUGGUACAGCCUUUGCAAGGCAUGGUCAUCUGCAAAGGCAUAAAGGAACGCAUACUGGAGAGAAACUUUAUGAAUGUAAUCGAUGUGGUAAAGUCUUUGCAUGGAACUGUCAUCUCCGAAUCCAUAAAAGAACACAUAGUGGAGAGAAACCUUACAAAUGUGAUCAAUGCGGUACAGCCUUUGCAAGUCAUUGUCGUCUUCAAAGGCAUAAAAGAACACAUACUGGAGAGAAACCUUAUGAAUGUAAUCAAUGUGGUAAAGCCUUUACACAACACAGUACUCUACAAGUUCAUAAAAGAACACAUACUGGAGAGAAACCCUAUGAAUGUAGCCAAUGUGGUAAAGCCUAUUCACGUCACAGUCAUCUCCAAAGACAUAAAAGAACACAUACCGGAGAGAAACCUUAUGUAUGUAAUCAAUGUGGUAAAGCCUUUGCUUAUCAAAAUAGUCUCCAGUAUCAUAAAAGAACACAUACUGGAGAGAAAUCUUAUGAAUGUAAGCAAUGUGGUAAAUUCUUUCCAUGCCGUAAGCAUCUUCAAAUACAUAAAAGAACACAUGCUGGACAGAAAGGCUAUGAAUGUAACCAAUGUGGUAAAGCCUUUGCUUUUCAUAGUCAUUUCCAAAGACAUAAAAGACAUAUUGGAGAGAAACCUUAUGAAUGUAACCACUGUGAUAAAGCCUUUGCAAGUCACAAUAAUCUUCAAAAACAUAUAAGAAGACAUACUGGAGAAAAACCUUAUAAAUGUAAUCUGUGUGAUAAAGCCUAUGCACAUCACAGUCAUCUCCAAACACAUGAAAGAGUGCAUACUGGAGAGAAACCCUACAAAUGUAAUCAAUGUGAUAAAGCCUUUUCACAACAAAGUUCUCUACAAGUGCACAAAAGAAUACAUACUGGAGAGAAACCCUAUGAAUGUAACCAAUGUGGUAAAGCCUUUACAUGUCACAGAUAUCUCCAAAGACAUAAAAGAACACAUUCUGGAGAGAAACCCUAUGGAUGUAACCAAUUUGGUAAAAUAUUUGCACAACAUAGUACUGUCCACAGCAUAAUAAAAGGAAAUAUUUGAGAGAAACUCUAUGAAUAUAAUGUGUGGUAAACCUUUGCAGGUCAAAGUCAUUUUCAAAGGCAUGAAAGAAUUCAUACUGGGGAGAAACCUCAUGAAUGUAUUUAAUAUGGUGACACCUUUGCAUAUUUCUAUAGUCUUCAUCGUCAUGAAAGUAUUCCUACUGGAGAGAAAUUCUAUGAAUGUAAGCAGUGUGAUAAAGCCUUUGUGUUAUGGAUCCACUUAGAUCCAACACAAGUCAAACACCAGAUCAAUGCUAAUGACAAAAAUUAAUUGUAAUAAAGCUGCUACUGAUUAAGCAGGACCUUAGAACAUAUUCUGGAGGUGAAAUGCAACCCAUGUUAUGGAGCUUUUAAGCUUGGAAAGCACAAACAUCUGUGCCAAGUUACAGCUACAUUUUUCUAUCCAUCAGCAUUUAGGGAUAAUAGUUUUUGUUUUUGUUUUUUUUUUUUUUGGUUGGUUUGUUGGUUAGUUUUUUG